CGAUUCCUGCCUUCCCCUUUCAGUAUGUGUUAAUUUCAUUUAGUUAUACAGGUAAGUUCUGGAGUUCAGGUGCGUGUAGGUUUGAAUCUCUGUGCUGCCUUCCCUAGUGUGUGACUUGCUUGUACUUCACUAACCCCAGACUUCUCAUCUCUAGAGUCUGGUAAUACUGCACACAGUGCUAAGUGAGAGAAUCCAUCUCCUGCUUAGCGAGCGGCCUGACACGCUGGGUCCCAGUGGCUGGGGCCUGCUGGGUUCUUUAUCUCUCCUCCUCUGAGCCUGCAGCUGCCCCCACCCGUGGGACAGGACGCUUGGUUCCCGGCAUUCGCCGCCCUCCCGCUGCCUUGGGGCCACGGCUCUCUCCACCCAUCUGUCUAAUCUCUUCGCUGGCCAGCUCUCCCGUGUGUCCUUGUUUCUGCCUUGGAUUUCUGCUGCCCUUCACCCCCACUUCUCCAGAGGUCUUUGCUGCGCUGCCUCCUUCCUUAUUUACUGAUGGCUCCUCUGGGUCAGCUUCUGUGUUGGGAAAAGCUGAGCUCAGACAGAUGUGGUCUCUGCCCCCCUGGGGCUCGUGGCUUGACCUCCGCCAGAGAAUCAGACAAAUAAAUAUGAAAUCACGAGAGCGACAGUCUCCAGGCAGCAGUGAUGGCGGGGUCUGGGUGGAGACCUGGAGACCUGGGAGGGGCGUUGGUGUGUCGCCCUGGGGUGGGUCAGGAUCACUCAGGUGAAGGGGGGAGAGAGGCCCGGAGAGCGGGAGGAACUAUCCGAUGAUGCCGGCUGGCACCCCCAGAACUCUCCGUUCGCCAGACCCUUCCAGUUCCUGGACUGUCCCAUGGUCACCAUUUUACAGAGGGGGAGGCCGAGGCGCCCAAGGGCUGGCAGGGGCCGAUCUGCCCGGCUGAGCAGAGGCCCCAACCAGGAAGGAGCUGGAUGUGGUGACCCGCCUGCCCUGCCGCAGCCUCCCUCCUCAGCAGCCGCCUCUUGGUGCCCUCGCCGCGGGCACCAUGUCGACCUCUUCGCUGCGGCGCCAGAUGAAGAACAUCGUCCACAACUACUCGGAGGCGGAGAUCAAGGUCCGAGAGGCCACCUCCAACGACCCCUGGGGCCCGUCCAGCUCCCUCAUGUCUGAGAUCGCCGACCUCACCUACAAUGUUGUCGCCUUCUCGGAGAUCAUGAGCAUGAUCUGGAAGCGGCUCAAUGACCACGGCAAGAACUGGCGGCACGUGUACAAGGCCAUGACGCUGAUGGAGUACCUGAUCAAGACGGGCUCGGAGCGUGUGUCGCAGCAGUGCAAGGAGAACAUGUACGCUGUGCAGACACUCAAGGACUUCCAGUACGUGGACCGUGACGGCAAGGACCAGGGCGUCAACGUGCGCGAGAAGGCCAAGCAGCUGGUGGCCCUGCUGCGCGACGAGGACCGGCUGCGGGAGGAGCGCGCCCACGCCCUCAAGACCAAGGAGAAGCUGGCGCAGACCGCCACCGCCUCCUCGGCCGCCGUGGGCCCGGGACCCCCGCCCGAGGCGGAGCAGGCCUGGCCGCAGAGCAGCGGGGAGGAGGAGCUGCAGCUGCAGCUGGCCCUGGCCAUGAGCAAGGAGGAGGCCGACCAGCCCCCGCCCUGCGGCCCCGAGGACGACGUCCAGCUUCAGCUGGCCCUUAGUUUGAGCCGUGAAGAGCAUGACAAGGAGGAGCGGAUCCGGCGAGGCGAUGACCUGAGGCUGCAGAUGGCCAUCGAGGAGAGCAAGAGGGAGACGGGGGGCAAGGAGGAGUCAUCCCUCAUGGACCUUGCUGACGUCUUCACAGCCCCUGCCCCUCCGCCGACCUCGGACCCCUGGGGAGGCCCAGCACCCAUGGCCGCUGCUCUCCCCACUGCGGCCCCCACCUCGGACCCUUGGGGGGGUCCCCCUGUCCCUCCUGCUGCUGACCCCUGGGGUGGUCCAGCCCCCACUCCGGCCUCUGGGGACCCCUGGAGAGCUCCUGCCCCGGCCGGGCCCUCGGCUGACCCGUGGGGUGGAACGCCCACCACUGCAGCUGGAGAGGGGCCCGCGCCCGACCCCUGGGGCGGUGCCGAUGGUGGGGUCUCCGUCAGCGGGCCCCCGGCCUGUGAUCCCUGGGCGCCGGCCCCGGCCUUCUCGGACCCCUGGGGGGGCUCUCCUGCCAAGGCCAGCACCAACGGCACCGCAGCUGCCGGCUUUGACCCGGAGCCCGACGAGUUCUCCGACUUCGACCGGCUGCGCUCGGCCCUGCCGCCCUCAGGAAGCAGCACGGGGGAGCUGGAGCUGCUCGCCGGAGAGGUGCCCGCCCACAGCCCUGGGGCCUUCGACAUGAGUGGGGUCGGGGGGUCUCUGGCUGAGGCUGUGGGGAGCCCCCCGCCCGCGGCUGCCCCAACCCCCACACCCCCCACUCGGAAGACGCCGGAGUCAUUCCUGGGGCCCAACGCAGCCCUUGUGGACCUGGACUCCUUGGUGAGCCGGCCCGGCCCCACGCCCCCCGGAGCCAAGGCCUCCAACCCCUUCCUGCCAAGCGGUGCCCCUGCCACUGGCCCCUCAGUCACCAACCCCUUCCAGCCCGCACCCCCGGCGACGCUCACGCUGAACCAGCUACGUCUCAGCCCCGUGCCCCCCGUCCCUGGAGCACCGCCGCCCUACACCUCUCCUCUGGGAGGGGGCCCUGGCCUGCCCCCCAUGAUGCCCCCGGGACCUCCGGUCCCCAACACUAACCCCUUCCUCCUGUAAUCCAGGAGAGGGGGCUUGGUCCAGCCCAGAUGCCCCCAUUUCUGCUCCCUGGGAGAUCAGUGUUGUGAGUGCAUGUGAAAUGGGGAACCCCCACCCCACCCCGCCCCCUCCCUGCUCCUGGGGCCCACUCACACUACGCCCUCACCCGUGCCCCCCACCCCACCUCCCCACAGUGACACUGGCCCUGGGGGACGGGGGUGCUGGGAGAGGAGGACCUUUUCCCGUGGCAUUAGAAGGGGGAGGGACAGCUGGGGGUCCCUCACCCCCACCCCUGACCUGCCCUCGAAUCAGUGUUGGAGCCUCCUCUUCCCCUCGGUGGAUCCUCAGUCAUGAUUUUGGCAACUUUGGGAAUAAAGGACAAUUCUCACA